AGCAGUCAUUACAUCCCUUUUAGGAAGCAUAUAUUGAUACAUAUGCCUCGGCCUCCACCUCUACUACAGUUUGCAUACGUGAAAUGAGUGUCCAUGGAUUUUGAUAACUAGAACACAAUUAAAAAUGGCAAGCAACAGCUGUAAGGUUUUGGCUUUUGGUGCUGGAGCAGUAUUGACAAUUUUCGUUGUAGAAAGAGUAAAGAAAUGGAAAACUGCAACUCAGGUUGGCAAAAAGAUUCAGAGGAAGCGACAACAAUGCAAGGCAGCUAGAGCCAAUGUUGAGGAGGUCUUACGGGAAUGUGGGAUGACAUGUGACCAGGCGAAGACGAUUGUUGCAUUACCAUAUAUGGAGCUACAGAGACAACUGCAGAAUGGUUCGCUGACUGCAUUACAAGUCCUGCAUGCCUACCAGAUUAUGGCAUUAGAAGCAACGGACAGACUCAAUUGUGUGACAGAAUUUUUGCCGGAGGCUGAAGCUAUUGCACAAUCUCUGGAUAAGUUAGAUAAGAAAAAUGGACCACUUCAUGGAAUACCAGUUAGUCUUAAAGAAAGCUUCGAACUAGCUGGCAACGACUCAUCAGCAGGGCUGGGACAUUGGCUCGAAGACUACAAAUCACAGGACGCGGUUAUCAUACAGGUCUUGAAGGACCUUGGAGCGGUUCCGUUUGUGAGAACAAAUGUUCCACAGACCAUGAUGCUUUCUGAGACUAACAACCCUAUAUUUGGAAGGACCUUAAACCCCGUUGACCUCAGUCGAGUACCAGGAGGAUCCACAGGGGGCGAGGCGGCCCUUAUAGGGGCCGGGGCCUCUGUUUUAGGAUUUGGAAGUGAUGUCGGAGGCAGUAUUCGACAACCGAGUCAUUGCUGUGGCUGCUAUGGGCUUAAACCCACGCUAGAAAGAAUGAGCCGUAAGGGGCACAUUUCCCUAGCAAAAGGCCAGACACUAAUAUCUGGCGCUGUCGGGCCGAUGUCACGUGACUUUGAUGGUAUCUUGGAGUCAUUAAAGCAUUGCCUUAGCGACCUGCACUUCGCUCUCGAUCCACAGGUGGCGCCCCUGAAAUUCAACGAUUCGAUUUUUAGCUCUACACAGCCGCUCCGUGUCGGUUUCUACGACUACGAUGGUUAUUGCCGUGCUGUUCCGGCUUGCGAGAGGGCUGUUCUGAUAGCAAAAGACACCUUGGAGCGACUGGGACAUACUUUGGUAGCUUUCACCCCUCCUCACGUCAGGGAUGCCAUACCGGAUUUGUACAUUAAAACUAUAACAGGAGACCGUGGGGAACAGUACAUGUCACAGCUGCGAAAAGACAUCGUUGUUCCUGAAAUUGCUAAGUUGACAUUUCCACAUACUCUUCCGCGAUGGCUGCUUUGGUUGUUAUCGUGGAUAGUGCAAGCCGCUGCGAAGGAUCCGCAAGUAGGACGAGCAUUAAGGGCCCCUUUGGGAUUAAGGGGUGUAAAUGAUUGGUUCCAACAUGCUGUACAAUUGCAGCAAUUCAAAGACGAGUUCCUAGCGUCGUGGAGGGAACUGAAACUAGACGCGGUUAUCUGUCCAGUGUCUGCAACGGUUGCAUUACCACACAGUGAAACCGUGAAUGUAAUCAAUACAUUCAGUUACGCCAUGCUGUAUAAUAUUCUGAACUACCCUGCUGGCUCGAUGCCCGUCACUAAGGUUACCAGUGAUGACGUCAGCAAUAUGGCGAAAUACCCCAACACGACGUUUGGGAACAAAUGCGUUAUCAAGUGCAUGCAAGGUACGGAAGGUUUACCUGUCAACGUGCAAGUUGUUGGUCUCCCCUACCAAGAGGAACUCGUGCUGCGCGUCAUGUCGGAGCUGGACAAAGGUCUGAGAGCUGAGCAGGACGGCUAGUUACAUGACAUGUAUGAGGUAUGCGUUGGCGACAGUUGCUACCUCAAGCGGUAUUGAUCUUGUAGUUUGUUAUUUAAAUAAACCAGCUGCAUUACCCUCUAUAGACGGAUGACGCUCAAAAUUAUCGGUUAAGUAAUGUGUUCAGGUGAAACAGUUUUUUGCUUGGAAUUUUUUUUUUAUUUGUGUUAUUUGAGACUUGUGUUUUGUAUGCUUUUUAUGCCACAAUGUGUAUUCGUCAUUUGUAUGAUAGUGUAAUGUAUGAACUUAUGCAUGUUAUAAUCUUAUAAAAGGUCUGUAAGAUUGUGUUUGUAUAAUGCGCUGAUUUUAUGGUUAUAUAUAUCUAUUGUAUAAUCAAUAUAUUAUGUUCUAAGACUACCGAUUUUACUUCAGAUACAUAAUAUUUUUUAAAGUAACAUAUUAAUGAUGUGUGUGUGUUUUUUUAAAUUUAUUUUCUGUCUUAACUAUUGUAUUCUGGGCCUGCAAUCAAAAAGUACUGAAUACAAUGGUGUCUUAUAUUGAUUGUUCCACUUGUUAAUAGAACGUUGUAUCGUUCUGUUUUGAAUAUAUUUUGUAUAAAUUAAAUGUGAUGAUAUCAUUUUUAGCGAGGCUGUUUUCGGAGAAAACCCGAGGUAUUGUCAUAGCCUGCUCGUCGUCCUACGUCCGCCGUCAGCCGUCCGCCGGCGUCGUGCUAAAACCUUUACAUUGGCUCUAAAAUCAAAGUGCUUCCACCUACAACUUUGAAACUUCAUAUGUAGAUGCACCUUGAUGAGUUCUACACGCCACACCCAUUUUGGGUCACUAGGUCAAAGGUCAAGGUCACUGUGACCUCUAAAAAAAAAAAUUCUGAUAAGCUUUCGCAGCCGAGCGUGGCACCCGUUAUGCGGUGCUCUUGUUGUAUUUGGCACCCUAUAAGUUUUGUGUAUACAUAUGCAUAUAUUGAAUAAAAAUAUUUUGUUUCUUUA